AUGGGCGCGGGCGGCCCGGCGCGGAAACGGCCGAGCGGAGCCGAAGCGCCCUGCCGGAAACACCCGAGCGGCGCCGGGGCAGGGACGGCGCGGGGCGGCCGCAGGAAGUGCGGGUUGUCACGGGAACGUGGAGCCCUGGAGCCCGCGGCGGGGCCCGCCCUGCCCGGCCCGGCCCGGAGCGCCGUGGAGGUGGCCGAGUGGGUGGCGCGGCUCCGCUUCCCCCCGUACGAGGUGAUUUCACGACAUGUGAGGGAGUUGCUGGGGAUCGAAGAGCCUGUCUUCAGCAGAUCCAUUGCCCUCCCAUACAGAGACAACAUGGGCCUCUUCCUGCAGCAAAAGUCCCGAUCAGGAGAGAAAGCAGAUGCCCUCACUUUCUCACAGUUUGUCCAAGAAGCAGGCCUGGAGCCCUACUGCACAGUUCCUCCUUUGCAACAAGCCCAGACUGGGUUAGAGGCAGAUGCUGUCCCUUUAUCGCAGGACACCCAGAGGCAGGAUUAGAGAGUCACACAGCAGUUCCACCUUUGUAAGAAGCCCAGCUGGGACAGCAGUAUAUACCUUUAUUACCUUGCAGUAGGGAGGUACAGUUCCACAUUCUCCCCAUAAAGCAAAAGGCCAGUGUAGCUCUUAGCUGUUUGAUUACAACAAACGCAUCCCUACAUCGCCUCUUUUCCACAAGGAUUUUCUGCAGCCCUUCAUUUGCUUCCAGGAACUAAGAGAAGCAGAACCCAUAAAUCAGGCAUGACUUUACCACUGUCUUUCAUUUCUGUUUUAUAGUUGAUUAAAUAAAACACAAAAAACUCAAUCAUAGAUGUAUUUUAAUUAUCAGUGAUCGAUAACAAUUUCACUAAAGCGCAAGUGAAUAGAUCUCUCGCAGGCUUUAGGGUCUGCAGACUGAGCUCGCUGUUAGACCCAGAUGUAAGACAAAUAGCCUAUACAAUAACUGGUAUACAUUUGUGGUGCCUGCUGCUGUCAGUGAUCUGAAGGGGCUUAGUUAGAACAUAAACAACCAAUCCCUGUCCUCACCACAGAAGUGAUUUCCUGUGAGACAGAACCCAGCAGUGGUUUGUCGUAGUGAACAGUACUGCCACACGAGGCAGGAAGUAUGAGAGAGUACUGAAAGCUAAACUAGAGAAGUUAGGGAAUGAAAAAUGAUUUGUCCUGGGUGGAUCUAGACAGAAUACCUAGUUAAAUGUUUUUUCCCUGAAGUACCACAGAGUCUGUAAUGGUGGGGGGGCUUUAAUUUUACAACAUAUCUAGAACAUGUACUGUCACCAGCAAGGAAGUACGAGUAAGUGUCGAUUAAAGCCUGGCUCAGCAGAAAGAGUGCUUCUGACUAAAUCAUCACUAUUUUGUUUGGUGUCAAAGCCUUGCUUGAGAUCCCCCAUGGGGAAGAAAAAAGAAAAGGACAGGGCCCAAUCCUGAUUAGUUACUUAGACCAAAGCUGUAGCCAGUACAAAGCAACUGUAAUUCAGUUUUCCGCUGGAACUGCAACAGAAACCAGUGAAGCUGUAUCAGGUCAUAGUCCGAGAUGACUGUGUGAUAAGUAAGUUAAGACUAAAAUAAGGCAAGAUUUGGGCAGUCAGGAAAAAAACAAGUUUACCAAGCAGUCUGGUGUAUAAAACUUGUAAAAGCAAAUGCAUAGAUAACGUUGUUGGCUGGAACAUCUUUUAAGGAGUUCAAGAACAAAUAGUGCUGCUUCUCUCAAUCCUCAGUCCUGUCUGAGGCAGCAGUCAUUGUCGUAUUCCACAGCUGUCCAACAAGACCUUUGUUCAUGAGCAAAGCCGUCCUUAGCAAUUUAUUCGCAAACAGGCUUAGGCUUCAAGCACAUGGAGAGGUGGUUCUUCUCUCAAAAGGUGAAAAUCAAGAGAUCUCAGUGCUGACACAUUAGUAAAAAUGCUGUUUUUAUGCUUGGCAAAGCUGCAGAUUGAUGCAAAAUGGUGUUUCAGAACAGAGGAAAAAGAAGGAAAAGAAUGUAAUUCUAGUGUAUAAUCAUUUAUAAGAGAAAAUCUCCAUCAAUAGUUUGUAUU